AACAUCUUCCAUCUCGUCGAUCCUUAACCCCUUCCUACCUCCUUUGAUUGUAAGAUGAUCUCUCUCACCAUCAACCGCGCGGCGAUGCGCGCUGCGAUGCCUGCGCGCCAGCAGCUGGCUGCCAGCCAGGCCGUGCGAUACGCCUCGACAAAGUCGCUCAAGGACGCCGUCGCAGAGGUCGUGCCGCAGAAGCAGGAGCAGCUCAAGAAGUUCCGCUCCGAGCACGGCGACAAGAGCCUGGGCGACAUCAAGGUCGAGAACCUCAUCGGUGGUAUGCGUGGGCUCAAGGUCAUGCUCUGGGAGGGCUCCGUCCUCGACGCCAACACCGGCAUUACCUUCCACGGAAAGUCGAUCCCCGACUGUGAGAAGGUGCUCCCUGGUGCCGGCGACCUCGGCCUGCAGGGCAAGGAGAUGCUCCCCGAGUCGAUGCUCUGGCUGCUGCUCACCGGAAACGUGCCCUCCAAGGAGGAGGUCAAGGGCCUCUCCGAGGAGCUGGCUGCCAAGGGCAAGCUGCCUUCGUACGUCGAGAAGAUCAUCGACUCGUUCCCCAAGACGCUUCACCCCAUGACGCAGUUCGCCGGUGCCGUCGGUGCCCUCAACCACGACAGCAAGUUCGCUCAGGGCUACAAGGACGGCAUCAAGAAGACCGAGUACUGGAAGCCCACGCUCGAUGACUCGAUCGACCUGAUUGCCAAGCUGCCGGCCAUUGCUGCGCGCAUCUACUACAACGUCUUUGGCCGUGGUGACGGCGUCCAGAAGAUCGACCCCAAGAAGGACCUCAUCGGCAACUACUCGGAGAUGAUCGGUUACGGCGACAACGAGGGCAUGACCGACUACCUCCGCCUCUACAUUGCCAUCCACGGCGACCACGAGGGCGGCAACGUCUCGGCCCACACUGCCCACCUGGUUGGCAGUGCCCUUUCGGAUCCCUACCUGUCGUACUCUGCUGCCCUCCUCGGUCUCGCUGGUCCUCUUCACGGUCUCGCUAACCAGGAGGUGCUCGGCUGGGCGCUCGGCAUGCAGGAGAAGGUUGGCAAGAACGCCAGCGAGGAGGACAUCAAGGAGUUCCUCUGGUCGACGCUCAAGUCGGGCCGAGUCGUCCCCGGUUACGGCCACGCCGUGCUGAGGAUGCCCGACCCCAGGUUCAGCGCGCUGUCGCGCUUCUGCGACACGAGGCCUGAGCUCAAGAACUCGAGCAUCGUCCAGCUUGUGCAGAAGACGAGCAAGGUGGCGCCCGAAGUGCUCAAGGAGCACGGAAAGACCAAGAACCCUUACCCCAACGUCGAUGCCGCCUCGGGCUGUGUCCUGUACGAGUACGGGCUCAAGGAGUGGAGCUACUACACGGUCAUCUUCGGCAUCUCGAGGGCUAUCGGUGCCCUGCCCCAGCUCGUCAUGGACCGAGCCCUGGGCCUGCCCAUCGAGAGGCCCAAGUCGAUGAGCCUCGACGCCCUCGAGGCCUUUGUCAAGAAGUAAAGGCCCUGGAUCCCUUGUUUUCUCUCUCACACACACACACAUUAUAGAAGAGGGUGAGACUGCUCCCUUCUCUUCUCUUUUUUGAUAUCGAAAAGGCGAGAAGAUGAAAUGAAAAAAUGACUG